AUGUCCCUAUUCUCAUCUUGUCAGACCAUCCAUUCAUCACCUUCAUACAAAGAGCACACCUGUGACUGUGCUGGGGUGAGCCAGGGCGGAUGUUUGACACAUGAUCAGGGCCAGAUGUUGGGACCAGAGCUGGUACAGAUGUCAGAGGUUGAAUAUGCACACCUUCAGCAUCUUUUCCAGUCUCAAAUGGAGACACAGGCUGCACCUCCAGAUAGUCCAGACGCCAGCUCUCCACCUGCUGCUGUCAUAGUUAAAGACGCCCCUGGAUCUGAAGUGAUUUCUCCCUACACAUCACAAGUUAUGGACCUGUCAACCUCCAGUGAAGAUCACAACCUGGUGAUGCCAGGGGAAAAGACGCCUGCCUCUUUUGGUGAAGUCCCAGGAUUUGUUCUGGCCAGAAUGAGAGGGGAUGAUGUUUUGACUGAACCGCGUACCAACAACAGCAAAUCUGCACAGAAAAGACCUAAAUCUUCUGCUAGGGUCUGUUUGGAGACGAGGUUUAACACCAUAUCCAGUGAUACGCCGAGACGACAAGAUGUUCAGUCUGCAGUUCUUAGCAAUUCUUUGACAAUACUUCAGCAGUCUGCUGAGAGCCAGGAAGCAGGCAUACAUCCUCAGAUGCAGAAGUGGAUGAAAACAGACAGAGCAAAGCCUUUUGACCUAGCAGGACCAAUUGUUGGAGGUGUAUUCAACCCAGUCACCAACAUGUGUGAACAAGUGAUUGGCAGUCUUCCUUACAUGAUUGACUCUCAUCAAGGAUAUAUCAUCCCAAAGAAUUUAUCAUACAUUUUCCGUCCAGACAGAGUUGUUCAAACAGCCCACCGCACAACUGGAAGGAGCUCAGCAGAGAAGCAGCAGUUGGUGAACUCAGAAAGUAAUCUAAUUACUUCUGCUGCCUCCAGGAAAAAUAGUAGCACUCCCUGCCUUAAGCCCAAGAAGAGUGCUAAGACUGUUCCAGCCUCGGCUGUAGGGUCAGGAGGCGGCACCAGGAAAAAAAAACGACUUUAUAUUUCACCAAGCAAGCGCAGGGAGAGACACAAUAUGAAGGAAAGGGAACGCAGGAAAAUGAUCCGUCUAUGCUGUGAUGAGCUUAACAUGCUGGUGCCGUUCUGUAACUCUGAUAGCGACAAAGUCACCACCCUGCAGUGGACCACGGCCUUCCUCAGAUACAUCGAUAAGACUUAUGGGGACACGUUCAAAGAGGAGUUUAAAACAGUUUUCAGAGAUGAGAAAGGACUUUUUCCGAAAUCCUGCCUCGUGUCAAACCAGGAGCUGAUGCGCCAGGAGAUGGAUGAGAUCCUCACCAUCCCUCUUGCUGCGGAGCAAUGACCCCCCUCUUUAUGAUGAACUAGGGGUAUUUAAAGUUCACAUGUAAGCUUUUCUCUGCAGCCUGUCUGUGGGUAAGUUCAAUGGCAUGUAAUAUGUAUUAAAGUGUCCCAAUUUGCAAGCAUAACAUGAUUAUUCAGAUUUGGUACAUUUCAGGCUUAAUAUGGUUGGUUAUUCUUGGAGCCAGCAUUUGUAAACAUGGCAUUCCUAAAAGUCACAACUAGGUGGCACUGUUUCUCUUUAACAAAGAUUGAGCUAGUGCUAUUGAGAUAUCUCUACCUCUAACCAUAUUAAAAGUUUAGAUAUUUUAUUUGCAUCUUUUUUAGACUUCCCAUUUAAGUUCCA